AUGAAAGAAACGGGUGCAACAGCGACAGUUAUCUAUGUUCCACCACCGGGUGCAGCUGAAGCUAUUCUUGAAGCUGUCGAUGCUCGUAUAGGUUUAAUUGUAUGUAUAACAGAGGGUAUUCCACAGCAUGAUAUGGUUAAAGUUAAACAUCAACUUGUCAGACAAAAUAAAUCACGUCUUGUUGGGCCAAAUUGUCCAGGUGUUAUUGCACCUGGCAAAUGUAAAAUUGGAAUCAUGCCGGGUCAUAUACAUCGACCAGGUCCAAUAGGUAUUGUUUCACGUAGUGGCACAUUAACGUACGAAGCUGUACAUCAAACAAGUCAAGUUGGUCUUGGUCAAUCAUUAUGUGUUGGUAUCGGCGGUGAUCCAUUUAAUGGUACUGAUUUUAUUGAUUGUUUAGAUUUAUUUAUAAAUGAUCCAUCUACGAAGGGCAUUAUUCUUAUUGGUGAAAUUGGUGGUAAUGCUGAAGAAGCAGCUGCUGAAUAUCUUAAAGCAAAUAAUAUUGGAUCAAAGGCUAAACCUGUCGUUGCUUUUAUUGCCGGACAAACAGCUCCACCUGGCCGUCGUAUGGGCCAUGCUGGUGCUAUUAUUAGUGGAAAAUCUGGUGGUGCUGAAGGAAAAAUUCAAGCAUUAAAAGAUGCAAAAGUUACUGUUAGUGAUUCUCCUGCCAAAAUGGGACAAUUAAUGCAUAAAUUAAUGAAAGGCGAAUAA